AUCUAACCUCAAAUGCAAAUGCGGAGCGGAUUUUUGGAUAAUUUUCAUUGUGCGUACGAAUUCUUCUUUUAUAGUUUUUAAGCUUAAAUUGUGAAUUUGGAUGAGCUUCGAGUGAUACAACGUACAGCCAAAAUGACUUCUCUUCUUGAAGAGACAAAAAAAUAUGUGAAAAGCUGCCUUGUGGCAUGCAAUGGGAAGACAACUGUGGAAUUGUUGGAGAGAGACUAUGAAACAUUGGUGUACGACAAGAUUCCCAGCGUAAAGCUCGGCUAUUCCUCAACUGUUGCCUUCUUGCGCAGCCUUCCGGAAAUGGUGAAAGUUACCGGACAUGCAAGAGGGGCUGUUGUCGAGCUGAUACACAGUGAGGAUUCCAAGUCGAAGCACAUCCAGGACAUGGUGGCUGUGCAGAAGACGGAUAAGAAGUUCAAGGAGAGAUUCAAUCGAAGUGCCAACAGGUGCUUUGUAAAUAGUAGGCCGAGUGGGCAUCAAUUCCAGCGCAGAGUCAAUCCGGGUCCACAGCGCAAUGGCAUCCAUAAUGGAAUACAGCAGCAGAUUGACUACAGAGUUCAGCAGCAGAAGGGGCAGUAUCACGGAAAUUGGGACAGCAACCUGCAGAGGUACCCUUUCAAUGCCAUCCAGAUGAUUCCAUCACAAGUUCUGGGCGCUAUGGUGCAACGCUUCCCCAAUGCCUUCAUCCAAGUACCAUUUAUACAACAACCGGUAAACACAUCUGCAUGGAUGCGGCAGAAUACUCCACCGAAACAAGUUCCGGAACCUUUUAACCCGGAAACAGCUCCGCAAAUGAAGGCACCGCAGUCAAAUUCAAAGAAUAUUCCACCUGAGAGAGCAAAAACACCACCACUUCCUGUCCCGAAUUCUCCUUCAGUGAGAACGUCUCACAGUCGCGAGAAUUCGACGGUCAAGAGGAAAUCCCCGAGUCCGAUAAAGAAGCCCCCAACUCCCACGUUGAAUAAGCAGCGAAAUGUUGCUGGCUCUCAACCACCUGGCUUCCAAUCUCCCACAAAUCAGGAUAUUCUCGAUGAAUUUGCUGAUAUGUGGACACCUGUCAAGGAAACGACGAAAGCCAGCCGACCACCAGGCUACAACGAAUCCCCACCAAUCAAUGAGAUUAAAUUCUGCGAACCUGCAAUCUCCAUGCAGAGUGACAGUGAAGAUGAACUCAUCGCGAAGGUCAACCAAUCAAUCCUGCGAUUGGAGAAUUUGAAUCUUUCUUCCCUCUCAACGCGUGCCUUGGUGUCGUCGGAUGCAAAUUCCUUCCCUGAAUGUGAUGAAGUCGUUCCGGAAGCAACUGGUGGAUCGGAUCCUGCCCUCCCAGACUGGGUUUACCACACGGUACAGAUGGUACCCAAGGAUAUGGCAACGUACAAGGAUGACAUUGCAGUCAAUCACACCCAGAACGUGCUGACAAUCGAUGGAUGGACUGAGAUUGCUGUCUCCGACAUGCACAACCCUCACAAGUUUUUCUUCCAAACAAAAGAGGAUAUUCGACAAAUUGAAGAACUCAUGGAGCAACUCGAGAAAUUCUACGAACGUGAUUCGAGUGCUAAAUUGACCCCAAAAGUUCACGAACUCCGUCCAAAGCUCAUUGUUGCUGCUCUGUACACCGGGCUAUGGCAUCGUGGUCGCAUCAUUUCCGAACCUUUUCAAUUAGAAAAGCGGACAAUGUGUCGUGUGUACUACGUUGACUACGGCACAGUGAAUACAGUCCCAGUGGAGGAUAUUCGUUUCCUGCACAAGGACUUCCUGGAGAAACCCCAACUGUGUCAUCGAGCCUCCCUCAGCGGUAUUCUACCGUACGGGGAUUCGUGGAAUUGCGAAAUCUCCAGAAUCUUCCUGGCACACGUCAUGGAUCGUGAACUUUAUGCCAUGGCGCACAAGUACUACGCCCCCGAUCGGUCCUGGCACGUCGAAUUGGUUGAUCCCAAGACGAAACCCCACGUUAACAUAAACAUGGCACUGAUCAACAAUAAAUUGGCCAGAGUUUACGACAAUGAUGAUUUGGAAGACUACAUGGAGUUCUACAGAAGCCACGCUCCCACCUUUGAUGAACUAAUAUCUGGCCAAUAUCCGACAUAUUCCGAAUUGCUGGAAUAUCAUAGGCUCGGAAUUGAGUAUGAGCCAAAAAUUGACAAUACAAGUGAGGAAAUUAAUUUCGAUGACACGGAGGACACGAGGACAGAGGAGGAGGAACGAACGUUGUACCUCAAUGAGAAUAAUCCCUUCAUUGGGAGUCUGCGUGAAAAGAAUAUUCGUGUUAUUGUACGUCCAGCGUACGACAUGACAGCCUCCUCCUCUCCUGUGGAGAACUUUUUCUCAAAUUGUGCCAAAAAAGACAUUCCCCUGGACAAUCUCAAUAUCCCAUUUGACCAAAAGAUCCUUACACGACGUCCAAAUCCAUUUAGUAUUACAUUUUCCGAUGAUUGAGAAUUUUUAAAGAAAGAAAGAAAAAACCGCCAUCCUCAAUUCCCGCUUUUUGAGCUGUCGAAUGUAGGGCAUUCAAGAUCUGGUCAACAAGAACAAAGCGAAGAAUUAACCGCCAUCAAAUGAAAUACCAAAUAUUAUAUUUUUUUUAUUUACUCUGUUAUUUUUAUUUCCUUAAAAGAAAAAAUAUUAACGUGAAAUGUGCCUUAAUAAAUGGAAUUUAUAUUUUUUUUUGUAA